AUGGAUUACUUCUCUCGUGCCGUCCCGUAUUUAGCGCUCUUCAUCAGGUCUUUUGGGCCAUAUGCAGAAGGCUGUAGAGGUGGUUUUGACUUCACCUUGCUGUUUGAAGAAUCCAUACUUGUCGUGCCGAUCACUGCCUUGCUGCUCCUGGCAGCCCCGUUUCGAGCUACAUACCUGCUGCGCAAACAUAGCGUCAAAGUUGAACAUAGUUACUGGCUGUAUUGCAAGAUUAUCGCUUUCCUCGUCUGCUGGACUCAGUCUCCAGUCGUUACUACCAAAGCUUCUCUGCCAGCUGCCGCUUUAUCCAUUGUUGCAUCCAUCACUUUGUUGGGCCUGUCUUAUGUCGAGCACGUUUACUCGUAUCGACCAUCGACUGUGCUGAACCUAUUCUUGCUUUUCUCUGUUCUGUUCGAUGCUACACGAACGCGAACCCUGUGGCUGCAAGGCUACAAUCGGCCUGCAGCCAUCACCGCCCUUAUUUCAACGGUGGUCAAGAUUUUGAUGCUGUCUGCAGAAACCAUCGAGAAACGCGGAUUCUUGCGUCCGGAGUAUCGCGAACUGCCGUCAGAAGUGACUAGCGGCGUUUUCUCGCAUUGGUUUUUUUCUUGGCAGCUUCCUCUGUUCCGGGUUGGCUAUUCUCAUGACUUGGAGAUUGAAAGUCUAUUCCCUCUCGAGAAACACUUCAAGUCUUCCUAUCUUCAGACUCUGCUGCAAACUGCGUGGGCCAAAGGUUUGUUUUCCUUCUCCUACAAACCUAUUCUAUUCAUCAUCUUUCCACGCCUGUGUUUCAUCGGGUUUACUUUCUGUCAGCCGUUUCUCAUCUCGGCAACUUUAUCAUGGGCCGAGAAAGACGCGGAUUCCAAUGACAUGAACCAAGGCUAUGGCCUAAUAGGCGCUUGGUUUCUUGUUUUUAUUGGUCUAGCUGUGACAACGGGUCAGUAUCAGCACUUGACUGUUCGCGCCACAACUAUGGUACGCGGUCAACUCAUCUCAAUGCUAUAUGACAAGGCUUCAGAUUUGAGCAUCACAGCUGCCAACCCGACGGCAGCCUUGACUCUGAUGAGCGCUGACAUCGAGAGGAUUGACUCGGGAUGGCGAACAGCUCAUGAUGUGUGGGCAAACUUGAUCGAGAUUGUCAUUGCAGUCUACCUAUUAGGUCGCCAGCUCGGACUGGCGUGUCUCAUACCUGUUGGAGCGGCUAUCUUUUCCAUCGUCGGGUCCGUCAUUGCUGUCAGCUUUGUCAUGGCUCGACAGGCCAUGUGGCUUGAGGCUAUUGAGAGGAGAAUCUCUGUGACGUCCCAAAUGCUAGGAAGUAUGAAGGGCGUCAAGAUGUGUGGCUUGUCCGAGGUUCUAGGUACGCGUAUCCAGGCCAUGCGAGAGGAAGAAUUGCACAUUUCGGGCAAAUUCCGCAGGCUUUUGAUCUGGAACAUGGUAUUGGCCUACCUCGCUCCCAUCUUCGCCCCCGUUCUGAGCUUCAUGACGUAUAGUCUUCUGGCUCAAUCACAGGGAGGAAGAGGAAAUCUGGAUACAAACCGCAUGUUCACAUCCUUGUCCCUAUUCGCACUCUUGCAAGAACCUCUGGCGUCUUUCGUUACCUCACUAUCUUCCUUCAUGGGGUCUGUUGGGAGUUUUGUACGCAUCCAAGCUUUCCUCAAAACAGAUGCUCGCACAGAUGAUAGGAUAAUCCAGUAUAACGGUGAGACUGAGCAUUCCUUGAUCUCUGGGGUUUCAAGCAGCGAAGAAAAGCACCCUGUCUCACCAAUUCAGGAAUCUAUGAUGAAGACUGAACCGUCGGGGGAUUCGCCGGAUGGUAAUGCCUUCGUCAUCAGAAAUGCCUCUUUUGGAUACGACAGGAAUGAAACACCCACCCUCAGCAACAUCGACGCUAUCAUCCCUUCAGGUAAACUCACACUUGUUGUUGGUCCGGUUGGGAGCGGCAAGUCGACUCUCAUGAAGGCAUUGCUCGGAGAGGUUGGGAUCAUGCAAGGGUCUGUACAUGCAUCAAACUCCACGGUUGCUUACUGCGAUCAAACCCCUUGGCAUAUGAAUGGUACGGUCCGAGAAAGCAUUAUUGCUUUCUCUCGACCGGAUGAGCGAUGGUAUCAAAAGGUAUUGGAAGCCUGUGCCUUGAAACAAGACCUCACUCAGUUGCCCCGGGGAGAUCUCAGCAACAUAGGAAGCAGGGGUCUUGUCCUCAGUGGAGGCCAGAGUCAACGAGUCAGUCUAGCAAGAGCAGUGUAUGCCCAGAAAUCCACCAUUAUUCUUGAUGAUGUUUUCAGUGGCUUAGAUGCUCAUACCGAGAAUGCUGUCUUCAACAAUCUCCUCGGAAGUCAUGGUAUCCUUCGAGACUUGAACACGACAGUCAUCGUCGUCUCUUCUCGCGUCAAACGACUCCCGUAUGCGGACCACAUCAUUUGCCUUGAUGGUACUGGAACAGGUUGUGUUCAAGGAACUUUCGAUAAGCUGAACGAGUCAGACAAUUACGUGUCUCACUCUGAUGUGUCUUCUCCUGACGGGGCACGAUCGAAAGCACCCAGUUCUGGCCCUGCUUCUUCGUCUGCUCCUGUUCCUGAGUCCUCAGCUGCCGCAUUGGCAGAGUUGGAUAUGGAACUUACCGAGAGCAAGAAAGAUGGUGCGGGUCGUCGUAGCGGAGAUGUGGCAAUUUACAUGUAUUACAUGAAUGCUAUCGGCUGGAUCCCAACUAUGGUCUUUGUCCUGGCAAUUUGUGCCUACAUCUUUUGCCAAUCUUUCCCUACCAUAUGGCUCAACUGGUGGGCUGCUGCCAACGCGAAAGAGCCAUUUACACGACUUGGCUACUACCUGGGUGUCUACGCCAUGUUAGGCGCAUUGUCCAUCAUUUUCUUGGUAUUGAGCACCUGGCAAAUGAUUGUCACCAUGGUACCACUGUCGGGCAACAACUUCCACCAGAGUCUACUCAAGACAGUUCUCAAUGCGCCCAUGUCCUUUUUCGCAGCCACUGACGCCGGUACCACCAUCAACCGCUUCAGUCAGGAUCUUCAACUCAUCGACAUGGACUUGCCCCUCUCAGCGCUCAACACGUUUGCCACAUUCGUUCUUUGUAUCGCCGAGAUGAUCUUGAUCGCCGUCGGGUCAUACUACACUGCCAUUGCGUUCCCCUUUCUCCUUGCGACACUGUGGGUAGUGCAACAUACGUACCUUAGAACAUCCCGUCAGCUCCGAUUCAUGGAUCUGGAAGCAAAGAGCCCGCUCUAUGCCCUCUUCACUGAGACUGUUACUGGACUGGCCACGCUGCGUGCCUUUGGUUGGCGCGAUGCUCUUGAGAAAAAGCACCACGAGCUUCUAGACAGGUCGCAGAGACCCUUCUACCUCCUCUACGCAGUUCAGAGGUGGCUUACUCUUGUUCUCGACAUGAUUGUCACUAUCAUCGCUGUCUUGGUAGUGGUCCUUGUCACACAAUUGCGAGGCAAACUGCCAGCUGGAUUGAUUGGUGUAGCUCUCGUUAACAUCAUCCAAUUCAGCCAGCAUCUCAAGCUGUUGAUGACUUUCUGGACAACCCUGGAGACUCACAUCGGUGCAAUCUCCAGGAUCAAGUCGUUUACAUCUGACACUGCUUCUGAGCAUGAGCCGCAGGAAAAGGAGCAGCCACCGUCCGUCUGGCCAUCCAAAGGAACAAUUCUGUUUGAUCAAGUGUCGGCAGGAUACAAAGAAUCCGAAGAUGUCCUCAAGAACAUAAGUCUGAAUAUUGAAGCCGGGCAAAAGGUUGGCAUUUGUGGACGGACUGGAAGUGGUAAGAGUUCUAUGGUUUCGUGCCUCUUUCGCAUGAUAGACCUCCACGGUGGUCGCAUAAUCGUAGACGGCCUUGACAUCAGCACGAUUCCUCGCGAGGAGAUUCGCACCAGACUUGUCGGCGUGCCUCAGGACGCAUUCCUUAUUGAUGGAAGUAGCGUGAGGUUGAACGCCGACCCUGCUGGAGGAUUGACGGAUGCCGCAAUUGAGGAUGCUUUGCGAGCGGUCGAGCUGUGGGAUAUCGUGACCGACAAUGGCGGCCUUGACACAUCCAUUGAAGAGCUUCAUCUUUCGCACGGUCAGAGACAGUUGUUUUGCAUCGGACGCGCUAUUCUACGACCAUCGCCCAUUGUGGUUCUUGACGAAGCAACCAGCAGUGUCGACUCACGCGUCGACGAGCUUGUUCAGCGUCUGGUGCGUGAGCGGUUCAGUAAUCGGACAGUCAUCUCUAUCGUUCACAAGCUUCAGUCUGCACUGGAUGACUUUGACAUGGUGGUUGUGCUUGACGCGGGUAAGCUGCAAGAGAUCGGACACCCGCAAGAGCUUCUAGCAAAGGGACCCGAUGCUUCCACGUUUGCUUCGAUGUAUCAGAGCGUCGCGACAGAGAAGAAGGAGGACAAGUAG